GCGCAGCCCGGGUCAGUGAUGGAGGAGAGAAGAUGGCGGAAGCGGAAUUCAAGGACCACAGUACAGCUAUGGAUAGCGAACCAAACCCUGGCACAUCUUCUGUGUCGACAACAACCAGUAGCACUACCACCACCACCAUCACCACUUCCUCCUCUCGAAUGCAGCAACCGCAGAUUUCUGUUUACAGUGGCUCAGACCGACAUGCUGUACAGGUAAUUCAACAGGCCUUGCAUCGCCCCCCGAGCUCAGCUGCUCAGUACCUUCAGCAAAUGUAUGCAGCUCAGCAGCAACACUUGAUGCUGCACACAGCAGCUCUUCAGCAGCAGCACUUAAGCAGCUCCCAGCUUCAGAGCCUUGCUGCUGUUCAGGCAAGUUUGUCCAGUGGAAGACCAUCUACAUCUCCCACAGGAAGUGUCACACAACAGUCAAGUAUGUCCCAGACAUCUAUCAACCUCUCCACUUCUCCUACACCUGCACAGUUAAUAAGCCGUUCCCAGGCUUCCAGUUCUACCAGCGGCAGUAUUACCCAACAGACUAUGUUACUAGGGAGUACCUCCCCUACCCUAACGGCAAGCCAAGCUCAAAUGUAUCUCCGAGCUCAAAUGCUGAUUUUCACACCCGCUACCACUGUGGCUGCUGUACAGUCUGACAUUCCUGUUGUCUCGUCGUCAUCGUCAUCUUCCUGUCAGUCUGCAGCUACUCAGGUUCAGAAUUUAACAUUACGCAGCCAGAAGUUGGGUGUGUUAUCUAGCUCACAGAAUGGUCCGCCAAAAAGCACUAGUCAAACUCAGUCAUUGACAAUUUGUCAUAACAAAACAACAGUGACGAGUUCUAAAAUCAGCCAACGAGAUCCUUCUCCAGAAAGUAAUAAGAAAGGAGAAAGUCCAAGUCUGGAAUCACGAAGCACAGCUGUCACCCGGACAUCAAGUAUUCACCAGUUAAUAGCACCAGCUUCAUAUCCUCCAAUUCAGCCUCAUCCUCUAAUAAAACAUCAGCAGAUUCCUCUUCAUUCACCACCUCCCAAGGUUUCCCAUCAUCAGCUGAUAUUACAACAGCAGCAACAGCAAAUUCAGCCAAUCACACUUCAAAAUCCAACUCAAGACCCACCCCCAUCCCAGCACUGUAUGCCACUCCAAAACCAUGGCCUUCCUCCAGCUCCUAGUAAUGCCCAGUCACAACAUUGUUCACCAAUUCAGAGCCAUCCCCCUCCUUUGACAAUGUCUCCUAGCCAGUCCCAGUCAGCACAGCAGUCUGUAGUGGUGUCUCCUCCACCGCCUCAUUCACCAAGUCAGUCUCCUACUAUAAUUAUUCAUCCACAAGCACUUAUUCAGCCACACUCGCUUGUGUCAUCAGCUCUCCAGCCAGGGCCAAACCUGCAGCAGUCCACUGCUAAUCAGGUGCAGCCUACAGCACAGCUGAAUCUUCCAUCUCAUCUUCCACUUCCAGCUUCCCCUGUUGUACACAUUGGCCCAGUUCAGCAGUCCACUUUGGUGUCCCCAGGUCAGCAGAUUGUGUCUCCAACAUCACACCAGCAAUAUUCAGCCCUGCAGUCCUCUCCAAUUCCAAUCGCAACCCCUCCGCAGAUGUCGGCAUCUCCUCCAGCUCAGAUUCCACCACUGCCCUUGCAGUCUAUGCAGUCUUUACAAGUGCAGCCUGAAAUUCUGUCCCAGGGCCAGGUUUUGGUGCAGAAUGCUUUGGUGUCAGAAGAGGAGCUUCCAGCUGCAGAAGCUUUGGUCCAGUUGCCAUUUCAGACCCUUCCUCCUCCACAGACUGUUGCGGUAAACCUACAAGUACAACCACCAGCACCUGUUGAUCCACCAGUGGGAAUGCAUUUGAACCAGUGUCAUCUGCACAAAGUUUUUUCUCUUAAGGUUUAUCAAGUAGAAGAUGUGUGUGAAGAAGAAAUGCCGGAAGAGUCAGAUGAAUGUGUCCGGAUGGACAGAACCCCACCGCCCCCCACACUGUCCCCAGCAGCUAUAACUGUGGGGAGAGAAGAUUUAACUUCUGAGCAUCCUUUGUUAGAGCAAGUGGAAUUACCUGCUGUGGCAUCCGUCAGUGCUUCAGUAAUUAAAUCUCCAUCAGAUCCUUCACAUGUUUCUGUUCCUCCACCUCCACUCUUACUUCCAGCUGCUACCACAAGGAGUAACAGUACAUCGGUGCCCAGUAGCAUUCCCAAUAUAGAAAACAAACCUCCACAGGCUAUUGUUAAACCACAGAUCUUAACCCAUGUCAUUGAAGGCUUUGUGAUUCAGGAGGGAUUGGAGCCAUUUCCUGUGAGUCGUUCAUCUUUGCUAAUAGAACAACCUGUGAAAAAAAGGCCUCUUUUGGAUAAUCAGGUGAUAAAUUCUGUAUGUGUGCAGCCAGAGCUACAGAAUAAUGCAAAGCAUGCAGAUAAUUCAUCUGACACAGAGAUGGAAGACAUGAUUGCUGAAGAGACCUUAGAAGAAAUGGACAGUGAGUUGCUCAAAUGUGAAUUCUGUGGGAAGAUGGGAUAUGCUAAUGAAUUUCUUCGGUCAAAACGAUUCUGCACUAUGUCUUGUGCCAAAAGGUACAAUGUUAGCUGUUCUAAAAAAUUUGCACUUGGUCGUUGGAAUCGUAAGCCUGAUAAUCAGAGUCUUGGGCAUCGUGGCCGCCGUCCAAGUGGCCCUGAUGGGGCAGCAAGAGAACAUAUCCUUAGGCAGCUUCCAAUUACUUAUCCAUCUGCAGAAGAAGACUUGGCUUCUCAUGAAGAUUCUGUUCCAUCUGCUAUGACUACACGCCUGCGCAGGCAGAGUGAGCGGGAAAGAGAACGUGAGCUUCGGGAUGUGAGAAUUAGGAAAAUGCCUGAGAACAAUGACUUGCUACCAGUUGCACAAGCAGAGCCAUCUAUAUGGACAGUUGAUGAUGUUUGGGCCUUCAUCCAUUCUUUGCCUGGCUGUCAAGAUAUCGCAGAUGAGUUCAGAGCACAGGAGAUUGAUGGACAGGCCCUUCUUUUGCUAAAAGAAGACCAUCUUAUGAGUGCAAUGAAUAUCAAACUAGGCCCGGCCCUAAAGAUCUGUGCACGCAUCAAUUCUCUGAAGGAAUCUUAACAGGAUCAUGAGGCUGUGAGAAAACAGCAGUUUUACUCUUCUUAAACAGACUUGUAAGGUAAAGGCUCAAGUUGGCCUAGAAUAUUAUCAUAUAUUGUGGUGGAUAGCCAAGCACAUUGGGAUCUCCACAUCAAAAGCUGACAUUUCUUCUACAGAUAUAAUUCAUCAUACAUUUUCAUAAUUAGCCAACAUUGGUAAAAUUAAUUUUACAGGUUACAUGCAACAAUGAAAGACUUGAUAUAGAGGGCCAUGAUAUUUUUCAAAGAAACGUGUUAUACUAGAUAAUUUUUUAAAGGUGAUGUUUAUCGUUAAUAUAAAGAAUCCUUUUAAAAGUAAUUUAAUGAUUUACAUUUCUCCUCUUUUGAUUCGGUUUUCUUACACAUUUUUCUACCCUGUAAGUUUUCUAUAGGUUGCCAUGAGAGAGAUAAUUUAGGAGUAAUUUAGGAAUAGUUUAGAAGUCCAGUGACUGGAAUUGUAUGCAAUGAGAUAUCAGUGUGCAUUUUAAAAAACCUGUCUGUCAGACAAUUGCUUUGUCUAUAAAAAAGGAUUGCAUUCUAGCAUGAGUAAUACUGAUCUGGAAGUCAGAAGUUUGGUUUCUAUUCCAAACUUGCCCAAGAAUUUGGUGCGGCUGAGAAAGUUAGUUUUCCUUUUAGUUUUUGUAUAUUUAGAGCAGUGGUUCUCAACAGAGGUCAGUUUUGCUCCCCAGGGGACAUUUGACAAUGUCUAGGGACAUUUGGUUGUCAUGGCUUGCAGGGGCUGGGUAGGAUUGUUGGCAUGUAGACCAAGGAGGACAGGGAUGUUCCUAAAUAUCCCACAGUGCACAGGACAGUCCUACAAAACAAAGAUAGAUCUGGUCCAAAAUAUCGAGUACUGUCAAGGUUUGGAAACCCUGACAUAGGAGUGAUAAAGGUAGCUCUUUUUUACCCAAAGGGAUAUCUUGAAAAGAUGGGACAUAAUAAGGAAUACAUGAUACAGUGGAAAUAGUUCAGACAGCAUUAAUGUUCUGCCAAAGUAUUUUUCCCAGUUUUAUGCAUACUAGAGAAAAGAAAACUCCAAACUGACCUGUAAAAUAAGGGAUAGCAUACAAAUAAUUUUACUCUCAGAAAGUACAGAUUCAUAUUAAUUAUCUUUCAUAUCUGCUCCUCUGCACUGAUGAAGGCAUAAUGUGAUUAUACCUUAUGAACCAGUGCAUAGCCUUUGCUGGCAUGACAGUAGUUUGUGGUGGGUAUGUGGUUGGUCUUUAGACUUUAUUCUAACCUUGAACAUGCUGGGUCUAGCUAGAAUGCACAUUCCUUUUUCCUUGACUAAACCCUCGCAUGCUUCCUACGAAGUACCCACCAAAUAAUAUCUCUUGGAUUAUCAGAUUUAAUUUUAUAUGUACAUGUUUUAGGGAAAAAAAGUUCAAAGGAGAAUUUUUCACUCAACAGUUAGUGUCCUAUCAGAAUUAUGACAUUAAAAUAAAAUUGUUAUGGGAGCCCUGAGAGCCUUAUAGUCCUGGACAUAAAAAAUUUGUUUUAACCUUGUUUUUUUAUAUCUUUAUCACACGAUGGAAAUGUUUUAAAAUAGAGGGAUCAUAUACAGAUAUUUGGCAGAAGUUCAGUAAGUGGGGAAGAGUCCAUGGGUUUCAGUCAUUGUCACUGCUCUUUUCAAAAAGAUUGUGUUGAGCUAGUAGAGGACUAAAGAUGUCAUUAAGGACAUCACAGAUAUUUAUCUUUUGGCUUUGUGUACAUUAGAGAAUGUUGAUUAUUUUUAUACAAAAAUACAGCGGGUAAUUUUUUUAAUCUUUAGAUGCCUCUUGUUUGAAUGUAUGCUUUGUGGGAUUCUUUCGUGUAGUAAUGUUUUAAAAAAAGAUGUUUACUGAUAGUUAUGUGUAGGAUUAGAAUGUGUAAUAUAGUGUAAGGCUCAUGUUCCAGACCUACAAUAGCUUGUAGUCUACGUUACAUAUUUCUUUCUAUCAUGUUUUUAAUUAUUGGAUUAAAGUUUCAAGGAAAGGUAGGUACUCUACAGUCAAUGUUCACUUAUUAGCAGUUAAUCGUUAUGACAGAGUUGUCAUGUGCUUGACUUUUCCCCCUCAUCUUUAAGUUUCAGAACACAAGUAUAGGUCAAGUGUUAGUAGGAGGUGGCCCACUGUAGGGGGGGCAGGGAGGGCACAAAGGAAAAUCUUCCCUGGAAUUAAAACUUUAUCAUAGAUAAUCCAUAAAAAAUUGAUUAUUUGGGGAUAGACUCCCCUAGCAAUAGUGAUUACUUCCCAUAACUAUAUGAUAAGAUAGCCUUUAAGGUAUUAAAUUUGAGUUUUGUAUAGGUUCUCCUUUUAUUUUCUUCCUUUUCUAAUACCAGUCAUUAUGUACUAACUGAAAGCCCCUGUGCCUAGCACUGUGUUAAAUAUCCCAGCAAGCUUCUAAGAAGGGGGGUUUCCACUUGAGAGCACCUUAUAAUCUUAAAUCUUGUAAUAAUCUCAAGACUAGUCCAGAUCUUCUCUUGGUGGCACUCAAAACAUACCUAGAAAAUAUACUUGCUUUUUUCAAGUGAGCUGUUUUAUUCAUUUGCUCAACUGGUAGUUUUCCCUGUUGAUGCAGCUCUGCAGCUCUUUCUUUCUAGAGGAUUUAACCAUCUUAAAACCAGCGCUUCAGUUACAUAUGAUGGAUAUGGACGAUAACACUGGGCGGCCACCUCCCUCCUAAGUUCUGAGCACAGUUCUGGUAUGAUGUAGGUGGGGAGAGUUAUUUUCUCUUUCCUUCACACUACUGAUUGUUUUUAGGAUUUUCAUUGAGGAGAGGGAAUGACAAAAAAGGGACAUGGGAGGUUCUUCCUACUUUUGCUACCUAAGUUUGCAUUUUCCGACUUCUUUAAACUGAUGCACUCUUUUCCCAUUGAGGGAAACAAAACCUACACUUUUCAAAUUUUAUUUGCUUUAAGCCAUGUGUUCCUAAGAAAAUAAACUGAGAGCUGUUUGUAAACGUUUUUACAUGACAUGGAUUUUCAUCAAGCCUUGUGUAGGCACGUGUCUGACAAGCUGUGCAGCUUUGAUAUAGUCACUGUCAUAUGAGGCAGAGUGCUGUUCCCAAACCCAUCACUUUUUAAGUGACACAUAACUCUCUCCAGAACGAUACUUUUAAUUUGCUGUGGCAUCACUAAACAGCCAUUUUUCUUGGUCUCAGCUUAAGGGCUGUCAGGGAGGAGUAGAGAAGGUGGAAUGGGGCGGGGAAGACAUGUUGGUGAAGAAGCUGGAGAAUGGGACAGCUGGAGGGGCAGACAGGAGACCUGCCACUUUGCUUAUCCCACUUCAACACUGAGCAAAUUUCUGCACUUUUGAAGUUAAUAUUCAUAAUUUACCUAGUUUAAAAUAGAAACAAUUUUUAUAGGUAGCCCAUUAUUUGUUUUUGUUUCCUAAUGUGUUGAAACACUUACUUAGAAAUGUAUGAAGUAGGUAUUGUUGUGCCCAUGCCUUUGAAUAAUUUUUGACCUAGCUAAUCUUCAUAUAUCUAGUGUGAAAUUCCAGUCAGACAUUUAUUCAAAUACCAGUCUGAGACUGUAAUCAUAUGUCACAGUGUCCCAUAUCACAGACUUGUUUAAUUAAAUGUUAUAAAGUCCUGUUACUUGCUUUUGCAAGGUUCUGGUACCAUCAUGGCAGAAGUAGGGCAGGAAGGCAAUAUAUAGAUUGUAUAAUCUUAGGUUGUGUUUACGUUGUGUGCAAACAGUUUUAGAAAGAAUAAACUAUUUUAAGUGUAUGUGCAUGAUGCUGUCCUCACAGCCAUACUGAGUAGAUGAAAUCCCUGAUUGGAUACACUGUUAAAAAGUUUUAAAGACAAUUUGAACUAGAACCAUCUGAUAAUAUUUUGUGGUUUGAAGAUCUCACCCUUUAAUGGCAGAACACAUGCUGUCUGUGUGCAGCUGGCACUGAGCAUUAACCUGACAGCUUCAAAGGGCCUCACUUACUGCCUUCCUCCCUAAAGCCUGUUGUAGUCCUUAGAGAACUGUGUGAAAACUUCUCAGACACCUCUGCCUGAAACUUUAGAGAGGAUUUUGUACUGGGGUUAAUUUUAGGAAGGCAGUUGGGGCAGGACUUUCAAAUACUUAAGUCCUAUUUCAGUGAAACCUUUGAGCAGCAGAAACUGGCCCAUUUGUGCAGUGUUCAGUCUGUUUCCUGUGCACCAUGUAUGUAGCUGGGCCAUGAGGGAGAUUUUUCAGGGGGAAGGAUAGGGAAGUGGAAGAAGAGACAAACAGGAGGAAAAGUAUUCCAAACCCAAGAGGAUAGUACAGUUAAUGGAGUGAGGUUGUGUAGUAUUGGUAAGACCUUCAGUAGUUCAAAAUGAUAAAUUGUAAUGGUUGGAUCCCAGUUAACAGCAAUAAGAUUCACUUACAGUAUGUAAUCAUACUCAUUCUGUCAUUCUCUAUCAAGUGAUCUUACCCCUAAGAGCAUAUUCAUAGUUCCAAUAAUACAUGUUAGUGAUUUUUUUUACUUCAAAAAAAGCUGACAGCUAUUGUAUUUGGAGAAUAUUUGUCAAAAACUCAAAUGUUAAUAGUUAUAAUUGAGUUAUUGGAAUUCUAGAGGAGAGUAUCCAUUUUCAGAUACUGUAGUUGAACCAACCUUGUAGAUUGUUAAUAAAGGCAUUUUAAGAUAGUAUUUUGUUAGGUUGAAUUGGAUGACUAAAGAGCUCUACUAGCUUUCUCUUUAUUAGUAUGGAUUUCAACAGAAGCCUACCUCUAUUUCUUUGAUGCACAGUAGUGUGGAUCAUGAAAUGAACUGUUUAAUUCACAUUCAUCAAUAUUGGUAUUUUAUGAGUCUAUUUAAGAGCAUUUGACUUUAUCUUACAGAUUGUGAUUCAAUUUAGAUAAGCACAAAUACAGUAUUAGAAAAAUAAAUAUGCAAUCUUACUAAAGUUUAAUUUCAACCUAUUAUAAGCUGUACAUCUUUAAAAAAUUCUUUGGGAAGAUAAUCCUUUUUUGUUAGUUGACAAUAUGUACCACUAUAUAGUUUCCUUCAUAGCAGCAAUACAAGCCAUUUCUUCAAUUAAAAAAAAAAAAAGGUUGAAAAUUAUAUUAUCUUCUUUGGAAAAAGUUUCCUAAAUUUCUAAGAAUUUAAAAUUUUACAUGUUAUUUUUUAGAGCUUAUUUAAUCUAUUUUAAAAUAAUACUAAAAGAAAGCUUUUUUUGGAAGUUGUAAAGCACUAAUACAAAUUAGCAUUUUUCCAGAGCACAGUGUUUGGCUUUUUCUGAACUUUCACUUGAGCUCACAAGACAUUAAGAGGGAGUAGCCACCUCCUCCUCAGAUCUGAGGCCCAGCUUCGCUAAUGAAAACCCUGUUCUACUCGAACCCAUGAACACACACCUCUUAAGUGCCAUGUUUAUGGGACGUUUUGGGAAAGGUUUUCUAUGAAUGUUUAAUUUUUUUCUUUUUUUAUAGCUUGUGAACAUUUAAUUUUAUUUAAAGAUGACAAUUUAAUCUCAGACGUUAAAGAGGGUACAUCAGAGAAGUAUUUGUUCCCACUGCUUUUGAAAAGUAUAAUUACUCUCAGUGAUAUUGAUGGCUUCAGUAUGAAUCCAUAAAGAAAACCUGUACAAAGGUUUUAAAAUGUAUUGUUGAAAAUAAGUCUAGUGAUGAUUUUAAUCAGCAAAAAGAACUUAAUAUAAAUUUAAAAUACUGUUAUGCUAACAUGGCAUAGUUUUAAAUAUAAGCAUAAUUUAGUAAGUCCUUUUAGACCAACUAUUUAAACUGAUUCCAGUAAUCUUCUUAAGGAUUGAUAGUAGCCAUCAUUUAUUGGCUUAAAAGUUAUGCUGUAGGGAAUAUUAUCAGUGUUAAAUCCUAAUUAACGGAGGUGAAGAAGUUAGUGUUCAUAAGAUAGUGUGGGGCUGGUAGUGAAAUAAACAUCAGUUUGUUUUAGAAAGAAGGAACUUUUUUUUAGUCUUGCCUCAAGCAAACCAGAAGUGUCCACUGCUUAAAAUCUUUGUUUAGAAUGUGUUGUUAGAGUCUGAAUUCUUUUUGUUUUAGAUAGCACUAAAUAGUCUACUUUCAGUAGUAAAUAGAUGAACAUAAUCAUUAAAUUAACAUGAUGAAUGAAGAUAAAAUGCUGGCUGGGGGCCUGGGAGUCUUACUUGCAGUUGGCAACAGCAGCAUGUGACACCUUCAUCCUCUCCUUAGCCUUUCAUCUGUUUUGUCUUCUGAAUAUACAGUAUGGAGCCUCUACUAUUCAAAAGGCUGAUUUUGGUUUAAAUCAUCUUUCAGGUACCUCCCAACUCUAAAACUAUGAUUCUAGGCCACAUAAUGGGGUAUUUUUAAAGUUGCUCCUACUUAAUUCUCUUUCCCUUUUUAAUGGUUCAUUUCAUACUGAGAGCUCUUGCCAAAAGAGAAUUGUUAAGCAUCCAUUUCCUGGGUCACCUGUAGGCUUGGUUCUCUUACAGAUUUAAGUGAGAAGAAAAAUUGUAUAGACAAGCAAAUGAGGGCAUUUUUCUAAAUGCUUCCUGGUAGUUAACCACUGAACACAUGAACACAUCUGAACAUUCUCAUUAAUGCAUUUAUCCAUUCAUUUAGCAAACUCUUUGAACACUUACGUGCAACGUGUGGUAUACAUGACUUAAGGAGCCUCGUAAUAAGUAAACAGAACCUUUGCAAGCAAAAUUUCAACUGUGGCUUUAAACAAACAUGGACAUUAUUAUUAUUUACUCUAUUGAAUGUAAACUUGGAACUGAGAGGGGAAUUUUUUAUGCACUGGGUAAAUAAACUAUUAAGCUAGAUGACAUCUAAGGGGUCUGAGUGAAUCACAGUCCUGUUCCUAAAACACAUUUCACAUACUAAUCAUAGUCAAAUACCUGAGGAGGUUACAAAAUCUAGGGUACCUACCUAAUAAGGAUUUACAUUUUGAUACUGUUGUGAUAGCCCGUAUUUCUCAGAAUUAUUUUGACACUUGAAUCUAUUCCAAGGUGUUGCUAUACAGGGUGUGUGACAGAAGGGUAUACAUUCAGAAGCUGGUGCUGACUUACUGUACAUUUUUAACUACAAAAGCUUUACACCCAGUAUUGACAGUGAAGUAAGUUUCUAAAACUGAAAAGUCUCAAUCAAAGGAGAUCGCUGAACAGGUUUGUUUUUUAAUUCUCUUUUGUUUUUAAAGCAAAAAAAUUACACAAAACUUACUGUUACUACAAAUAGCGACUUUUUAAGAAAGCACACAUGUAUUACCACAGUAAAAGGGUUUCCUUUAAAAAAUGCAGAACUGGUAAACAUAAAACCUUUCCAUGCUUGAAUUGACAACUGUUUGGGGAAUAUACAUUGAAUGGCAUUGAUUAAUGGAGUAAAGUUUCCUUACCACUUGGGGAUUCUAUGAAAUUAUGUUCUAUUUCCUGUUGACCCAGCGAUACAGAUUAACAUCACUUGAUGCUAACUUCUCCAUAAAGAUACAAAAUGAAAAUAUCUUUUUUUCCCUUCACCUCUUCAAAUUAAAAAUACCUAAUAUUAAAAAUCUUUUAUGCACCACAGUCGCAGGUUUUUAGGCAGGAAAAUGUCCAAAUACAUGUUAGAAUCUAAAACUGACUGAAAAUAGGACACAGACAUUUUAAAAAACUUUUAAGUUACUUUUAAAAUGUUUUGAUAUACCUAAUUUUUCAAAUAUUUUAUGCUGUUAAAAUAUCUAUUGCAUAUUUUUGUAUACGUAUUUUUAAAUUUUAAAAAGUUAAGGAAGUGUGCUGAGAUGGUGUAAUUUUAGAUGUCCAGUUGCCAGGACAUUCAACUAGAUUCCCAAUCACCUCAUUCAAAAGCUUGGUCUUGUUUUUUCCAUAGGGGAAAAAAAAAGUCAAAGCGAGUUUUAAAACCAUCCUCAGAGUAAAGAGUGAGCUGUGGUGAAGGCUGGAGUUGUAGACACAGGGUGCAGGAGAGGUACUGAUGAGAGAGGUGGGCAUUUCCAGCCUUUGCUAAAUUACUGCUUUUGCUUGUUAAAAAGAAAUGUUACUCUGUUGAUCUAACAAAGGCAAAUUGUAAUUUUUUUUUUUGAUGCUUCAAACACAUGUUCACUGAUUUUUUUUUUUCAUGUUAACGGAUUUUUUUUUUUUUUGUUAACGGAUUUUUAAAUUCCUUUUGGUUCCUCCCAUUGUCCUAAAAUAGGACUUUCAUAUUACUAAAACCUCAGAAGCUCAUCUACCCAGGUUGAACAAAAGCAUCACCAAGGGGAAAGGAAACCUUUUUUACUUUUACAGAAAAAAAAAAGUUAAGAUUAUAUAUAGAUGUAUUCUUUCCAUUGGAUAUUGUAUUAGAGUCCUCCUUACAGGAAAUGAAAUAGUUUUAGCACUCUUAGCAUUAGCAUUCCUAGAUUGGUGUCUAUAGCUACAGUUUUAAAAUGUAUAACCUGAAAAUGAAGUUAAUUUUGCAUUUUAAGAGCACACCAUGAUCUAUGUAAAAAGACUGUCCAUUUGGUGUAUUUUUUUAAAGGAGAAAGCACUUUCAUAUUAACAAGUAGCAUGUGUAUGAAUUUUAGAUUUUCAUAUUUGUUGUGUCUAUUCAGUGAAGUAAAAUUGAGCAUUCAAAUGUUUGUUGAUGGCAACAUUAACUGUUAAAUUAAAGCACCUUAUACUCUGCUGCUUAAACUUGCUUGUAAUUGCACCUUUGUUACCUGCACAUUUUCACAUAGAAUAUUGUUAACAUUGCCUCAUGUGGGUCUGGAUGGAAGGUUAGUGGGCCUACAGGAUCAUUUAUUUAUAUUGUUUAUAUUACAAUAAUAUAUUGUAGACCAGUUGUAAGUUCAUUUCUUUACAAAUAAAAGCCUCUUCCAUUUG